CUUGAAACGGUAAUGAUCGAAUUUUCCCAACCCACGCAACAUAACAUUAUAAUAGCGCGUACGGUUUGUGUGUGCUAUGAUAAUAUUAAGUUGUCUUGGUUCCGAUUUAUGAUAAGAACGCGUUUUACUUAUAUAUAACCCGAGUCGUUCAGACAGAUAGUCUACAGUCAACACUCGAACAGUCGAUCGUUCGUAUGGUCGAGGCAGUCUGAUCGAUUAAUCGAUAUAAUAUAAUAUACAUAAUAAUAAUAAUUAAUAAAAUCAUCUUGUCAUUCGCGUCACCACCAUGGCCAGUCGCCGUGUAAGCAUCAACGAUUAUGACUCUAACGCACCCAACAACUUAUUCCGGACCAAUGGCCAAAAUUUAUCCGGCAUGGGAAAUAAAAAGAAAGAGAUCAAUGCGCCUCUCAUCGUCGUUUCCAAUCGACUUCCAUUCGUGUUGGGUAAAAAUUCAGAUGGAAGCUUAAUGCGGAAACAAAGUGCCGGUGGUCUUGUAACGGCCGUCGCACCGGUUGUUGUCGAAUGUAAUGGCACAUGGAUUGGAUGGUCCGGUUCGUUCGAUUUAAAACCCAAUGAUCCAAUUCCAGAAUCUGAUCCGGAAGAUAGAGCUCCAACUGCUGGACUCAAAUCCAGUCAAAUUAUUCCGGUACACUUAGAUAAAACUGAAGUCGAAGAAUUCUACAACGGUUGUUGUAAUGGCACGUUUUGGCCGUUAUUUCAUUCGAUGCCCGACCGUGCGAAUUUCGUAUCUAGGGAUUGGAAAACAUAUUGCAAAGUUAACGACAAGUUUGCUGAUUGCACGCUGCAUGCUCUGCGGGAUGCCAUAAAAAAACUAGAUGACGCCGGAGAUCAUCACACAGCCCCUUUGGUUUGGAUCCAUGAUUAUCAGUUACUGACAACUGCGACCAAAAUUCGUCAGGUGUGCGAAGCAGAAAAUCUAAGGUGCAAACUGGGAUUCUUCUUACAUAUACCGUUUCCAUCGUGGGACAUCAUGAGACUGUUGCCUUGGGACGAUCAAAUCCUCCAGGGAAUGUUGGCUUACGAUUUCACCGCGUUCCACAUUGAAGACUACUGUUUGAACUUUAUUGACUGCUGCUGUCGGCGGCUCGGAUGUCGUGUGGAUCGGACUAAUAUGCUAGUGGAGUUGGCCGGUCGGACCGUACAAGUUAAGGCGCUUCCGAUUGGCAUACCAUUCGACCGUUUCGUUCAAUUGUCAGAGAAAGCCCCAACGUUCCUAAAUUUGUCGGAAGACGUCAAGGUAAUACUGGGCGUGGACAGGCUGGACUACACCAAGGGUCUGGUACACCGAAUCCUGGCGUUCGAAAAGUUCCUGGACAAGUAUCCGGAGCACUGGGAGAAGGUUGUGCUACUGCAGAUCUCAGUACCGUCUAGAACGGACGUCAAGGAGUAUAAGCAGCUCAAGGACGAGACGGAGCUGCUAAUCGGCCGCAUCAACGGCAGGUUCUCGAUGCCCAACUGGUCGCCGAUCCGGUACAUCUAUGGGUGCUUGAGCCAAGAGCAGUUGGCCGCUCUGUACCGAGACUGUGCAGUGGCCUUGGUGACGCCGCUCCGGGACGGCAUGAACCUAGUGGCUAAAGAGUUCGUGGCAUGCCAAAUCCGGACGCCGGGCGUGUUGAUCCUGUCGCCGUUUGCCGGCGCCGGAGGCACCAUGCACGAGGCGCUACUAGUCAACCCGUACGAGUUAGACGAGAUGGCCACCGUACUAAACCGGGCCCUGCGGAUGCCGCUUGACGAGCGCGAGCUGCGUAUGACACAGCUCAGACACCGCGAACAGCUGCUAGACGUCAACUACUGGAUGACGUCGUUCUUCUCAUCAAUGGGCGCGCUCGGCGAUGACGCCGGUGAUGGCAGCGCAGACGACGGUACCGUCCUGCCACCAAAGAGCAUGACCCUGCAGCUGGACGACUUCGACAUGUACCUUAGCAACCACAUCGCGGGCGCUGGCAAGCUGAGCUUGAUUCUGGACUACGACGGCACGCUCACGCACCUUACGUCUCAUCCCGACUUGGCUGUUAUGUCCGAGGAAACAGUCAAGGUACUACAGCGGCUUAGCCGCAUGGCGGACGUGAACAUUGCGAUCAUAUCGGGCCGGACGUUGGACAACGUCAAGUCUAUGGUAGGCAUCGAGAAUGUGACGUACGCCGGCAGUCACGGCAUCGAGAUCCUACACCCGGACGGCACCAACUUCGUGCAUCCGGUGCCCAGGCAAUACGAACAAAAGGUCGCCGAGCUACAAAAGAUGCUCGCGGACGAGGUGUGCGGUGAUGGCGCUUGGGUGGAGAACAAGGGGGUGAUGCUGACGUACCAUUACCGGGAGGUGCCGGUAGCCAGACGCGAACACCUGGAACGCCGAGCGGUAGAGAUAUUCGAGGCGGCCGGAUUCGAGCCCCACCGUGGGUUCCUAGCCAUCGAAGGCAAGCCGCCCGUCACAUGGGACCAGGGCCGUGCGUCCAUUUAUAUACUGCGCACCACAUACGGCGUCGACUGGUCAGAACGAGUGCGUGUCGUAUACGCGGGCAAUGAGGACGCCAUGUUGGCGCUACAGGGCAUAGCGUGCACGUUCCGUGUCGACCCUUCGCCGAUGGUCCAAACGGCCGCCGACUUCCGGUUGUCCGGCCCCGACGCUGUGCUUACCAUGCUCAAGUGGGUGGAGAAGGAGAUGCACAAGCGGCUGCCGACGCUCGGCAGCCGGACGGUCAGCAACAGCCGGUUGCAGAAUGCGGCGCUGGCGCACAGCAUCCGGUCGCAGAUGAGCAUCGACCAGAAGGAAGAGGAAAAGGAAAAGAUGAUCCUGCUAGCCCGGAGGUCCAAGCUCACCACCACUUAAGCGGCCGGUCGAAAUGACGACUAGCACCGCACGCAACACCGCAACCGCGUCAAGGACUUUAGUUGUUUUAAUAAUUUAUAAGUUAUACUCGACGGGAUGACUACGCGUCAUCAUACACGUCAUAAUAAUAUUAUUACAUAACAGUUAAGAGGCUCCUGUUCCAAGGAUGCUAUUGUUUAUCGUAAUAAACUUCGUUGUUUAGAUUUUAUUUAGAGAUAGGUAUAUGAUAUAAUAUGUGUAUUUGA